ACACUGUUAGCUUGGCAGCUAAUGGCUCAGGGGGCGUGUAGGCUGCGCUGCCCUGUGGCAAAACUACAAACACUUAAUCUGUGUUUUGACCCCUGGAAACCGACGGACGCGCCACUUCCUUCUAAAUUUAGCCGCAUUCUGGUCGAUUCUCAGUCGGGCUCAUGUGACCAGAAUAAGCCGCUGGUCCCUUGAGGCUGGCUGAAGCCCCGCCGCUCUCCAUUGCAGCUUGACGGUUCGGCACGUCCUGGCGGCGCGCGACACACAACGCCAUCCUCAUCCGGGUGAAAGCCCGCAGCAGCCAUGGCGCAGGGCAACCAUUUUCUCACCAUCCCCAAACAGGAGGGUCUUUUCACGACCAUUAAGAGCGGCCGAGCCGGGGAGACCCGCGAUGAUUCGGCUGAUGAGGAUGAGGAAGAAACCGAGGAAGACGUGCGGUUCAUACCGCGGUGCUCUCCUGUACCGAGAAAGCGCGGCCCGUCCAUUGCAGACGAGACGGCCGAGUACAUGCGGAUUCGCUUCGCGUUGCCGCAGAGAAGGGUGUCUUUCGCGGACGCCUCUGGAGGAGAGCUGGUGGACACGCGAGAGUUCGCAGCGUUCGACUCGGACGACGAAGACAACGACGCCAACUGGGAGGAAGAAGAGGCGAGGUGUCGCCGAGCUUACCUGCAGCCCGCGUACCGCGUGUGGCCCGAGUUCCAGACUCGUGCGGGAAACGAACUGAGCCUCGCGGUGCGCGCGAAUAAAGUCGAGGUGGAGAAAGUGAGCGCUGUGCAGGACGAGCCGCUCGCCUUCGACGCGCUGAUCUGCGUGCUUAACGUUUCUUAUCACAAACGCGUCGAUGUCCGGUCCACCAUGGACGGCUGGAUCACCUACUCUGACUCCGCCGCCGAGUACGUGCAGGGCUCUAACGACGGCGACAUGGACCGGUUUUCGGUCAGGCUGUCCUUCGCCGAGCCCUACCUCUUCAACGGAGCGCGGAUCGACUUUGUCGUGCGUUAUGAAGUGUCCGAUCGAGAGUUCUGGGCAAACAAUUCUGGCAGGAAUUAUUCAGUGGUCCUUGUCGUGUCCUAUGAGGAAGACACGGGUCCGGUUUCUAAGGUAGACGAUCGAGAAAUUAAAGGCAUCCUGAAGCCUCCAAGACCCAGAGCAGAGGAUGACUCCGACUUCUAUCUGGACACAGAAGACGGUUUACCGUCCAAACGAGAUCACAUGGGAUUACCUUUCACAGGGAAUGAGGAUGAUGCAGAGAGAGAGGCAGCUGCUGAAAUUCCCUCACCUGUGUGUCCACUCGUUAUUGAGCCAGAGCUUGACAUUGAGAUUCCUGAAGCUUUGAUUUCUCCUUCUAAAACUGGAGAAGACCCUACAAUAGCAAAAUGUCCUUUUCUAAGUGGCAACAGACCAGAUGAACGUCCUCUACAGGAUUUACCUGAAAAUCCACCACAAACAGACCGUCUAGAAAAAGACCAAGGCACAGAAUUACUAAUACCCACUGAGAAUAUCGUUUACAUUAAGAAUAAAGCCCCAGAUAAUGACCUAACAUCUAACUCUGACACACAUUUUGUGCAUUCUGCCAAGUCCAGCCAACUCUUUUGCCCAAAUCAAGAUAACACCCAGACAGACACUGCAGUCCAAGCACCUUUUGACUUAAACAUAACUUUACCAGCCAUGUUUCCAAGCACCCAAUAUAUGGGGGAAGAUGACUCCGAAGAAUUUAAAAACCAUAGAGAGAAUGAUGAAAUACGGUCUGGAGAGAGGAGAGUGGCACAAUUGCAAGACCAGACCAGUGUGACAAUGGAAGUUGACAACACUGAAUCUUCAUUACACGAGCUGCAAGAAUUUACACAGCAGUGUUCCUUAAAUGAGUUGAUUACUGCCAGUGCAAGUGAAAACAAAGGAGAUUUUAGUCAUAGCACAGGACAUGACAUCCUGUUUGAAGAAUCACAUGAGUCCUUACUGGAGAAGCCUGAAAUGCACAUGAUAAAACAUGACACUGUGGUCAAAAGGGAGACCAGUGGAAAGGAACAAGCAAGUCUAAGGGGAGGGGAAGUACCAGACAUGAUUGCAUCCUAUAUGCGCCAACCAUUUGAACCCACCAACCUGGGGCAGAUCGGAGAGGAUGAUGUGAUCCAAAAUGUUCCCAGCCCUCCAAAAACACCUGACCCAGAGAUAACAGAAUAUCAACAACAAGGCCAGGGGCUAGAGCCUGAACUGGAGGUACCUGAAGUUCUUUCUGUGAAUGUAAACACUACAUCUGGCUCUGAGAGUGCAGCACUGAAAGAGGAGAGCCCAUUGCUAACAUCUCUUUACAGUGCAACAGCUACAUCCCAAAGUUUAACCACUACUGUGCAAGCAGUGGCACCUGAAGGUGGGGAUGGUGAACCUUCCAUGACGCAGGAAGAACCGUUAUCUUAUGAAAAGUUUGAAUUGUACUACAAUAACCCUGCUUCAUUUCAGAAACAAGAGGGAUUAGAAAGCCAGCCUGCACUGCCCUGGAAGAACUUAGAGGCUUCUAAUGCAGAGGUUGAUGUAAUUUUAAGCAAGACUCUGAUUCCAUCAUUUGCCUUCCUAAGUGCUGCGGUCUGCUUGAUAGUUGGGUUCCAUGAACCCAACAUCUUCCUCAUCAUGGUACUCUUCCUAGUUUCCCUCUGUUUUUAAGUGUUGUUUCUUUUUAAAACUCGCCUUCCCAAGUGCCUUUUUCUGAACUUUAAAAAUACUACAAUACAUAGUUUCUUAUUAGUGUUUGCGGUGGUUACAUAGCAUAUAUAUAUAUAUUAUACGGUGGCGUGAAGAUAUGAAGUUUAUCUUUGAGUGGUGAACAUAUGAGUGAGUGUAGCAAAUGAGUGAUAUAUAUUUUUAACAAGAAAAGAUAUCGUGCCACUGUGUAAUAUUCUUUAUAUUCUAAGGACACCUACACAGACACACACACAAAAAAAACCUCAAGUUAAUGAAAAUAAUUUUAAUUGUGAACUGGUUUGCCAUUUUGACAACACACGUCAAGUCGGGGGAGAAAACACUGGGAGUGACGUCAUCGGAGUGAAAUAUCGGGAAAUAUGUCAUUCAGAUCCGCAAUGUAUUUCGUAUGAAAAAUGUUUUUUUCAACACAAGAAGAUAAACUUCCUAUCUUCAGACACAUUCACAAACAAAAAGUACCCAAAUUCAUCAAAACAAUUCAUUGAUAUCCUCACAAGUGGCAUAUUGAAAAAUGUCACUCAAUGUUCCAGGUGUAGUUUGUAUGAAAAAUCUGAGUGGUGUAUUUCCCAAUAAAACACUCGUGUCCAUAUAAUAAUAUAUAACACAACCAUUAUUUAUUCAGAGAGUUAUUUUUUAUGCACUGCCUCUGAUUUAUAUAUCACUGUGAUUUUAGUACUAAUAGCAAAUUACUAGGUUAAUUCUGACUCAUUUCCCAUAUACAAAUAAAUGGUGUAAAAAAAUCGCAUAGCCUGUUACACAGUGUUUAGUACAAAGUACAGAAUAUACAAGCAAGGUGCCUAUAUUACACUGAAAUUAAAUAAUUAUAUAAAUAGUAAAUAGAAAAAAAACCACAGCAACUACCGCUUAAUCCCUCCAUCUCUGAGCUAAUUAGCCUCUGAAUGUAGUAUUGUGGGAUGUUCUCUCAUUUUCUGUGAAAUACACUAAAAAAUUCCUCAAAGUUUCUUAGCUUCCUAAAGCUGUUCUACCUAAAACCCUCUGUGAAAGUGAAACCUUUAUAAGGUGCCCAGAUGGACAAACUGAAGAACGCUCAGGGAUAUAACCUUUAAUUCUCAUAGUGCAAUUGCUGGGUAUAUUGAUCAUUCGUGCAUCUCAAACAAUUAGAAUAUCACAAAUUUUUUCGUAAUUUAAUUCAAAAAGGUAAAGUUGCAUAUAUUCUUUAUUCAUUACAUAUGAAGUGAAAUAUUUCAAGCCUUUUUUGUUUUAAAUUUGAUUAUUAUGGCUUAUGGCUCAUGAAAAUCUGAAAUCCAGUAUCUUGGAUUAUUAGAACAUUUCCUAAGAUCAAUCAAAAAUGGAUUUACAAUAGAGAAACGUCCAACUUCUGAAAACUAUAUUCGUUUAUACACUAAAUACUUGGUUGGGGCUCCUUUACCAUGAAUUACUGUAUCAACCUGUGGCACUGCUGAGGUGUUAUUGAAGCCCAUAUUGCUUUGAUAGUGGUCUGUAUUUUUGGGUCGGGUGUUUCUCAUCUUCCUCUUGACAAUACCCCAUAGAUUCUCUAUGGGAUUCAGGUCAGGCGAGUUGGCUGGUCAGUCAAGCACAGUAAUAUCAUGGUCAGCAAACCAUUUGGUAGUAGUUUUGGCACUGUGGGCAGGUGCUAAGUCCUGCUGGAAAAGGAAAUUGGCAUCUCCAUAAAGCUUGUCAGCAGAUGGAAGUAUGAAGUGCUCUAAAAUCUCCUGGUAGAUGGCUGUGUUGACUUUGGAUUUGAUAAAACACAGUGGACCCACACCAGCAGAUUACAUUACAUUACGUGGCAUUUAACAGAUGCUCUUAUCCAGAGCGACGUACAACGAGUGCAAAAGUCAGGUACACGAAGUGCUGAACUUGUAGACAAGAAGGUUCUAGUGCUAACUGAACAAGUGACAACAAUACCUAGUGUAAUAUUCUGUUGAAGUACCAAUACUCAAACAGCCAAGGAAGCAAAACAACCAUAAAAAGUACAACUAAAGAGAGAACUCAAAGAGCUAAACCCAGGCUAGACAGUACGCAGCCUGGAUUGGUCAAGACGGAAGCGCAGUUACACAGUGGGCAGGGAAGCAGGGGAGAGGUACAACCUGAAGAGGUGAAUCUUCAGUCUGUGCUUGAAGGUGGUCAGGGAGUUGGCAGUUCUGACCUCAAUGGGAAGGUCAUUCUACCAGCAGGGAACCAGGAAAGACAGCAGUCUUGAGUGGGCUGGGUAGGAGCAGAGAGGAGGAGGGGCCAGGUGACCAGUAGUAGCGGACCGUAAGGAUCCAGCUGGCAUGUAGGGGCGGAUCAGACUGUGGAAGUAUGCUGGCCCUAACCCCUUGAGAGCCUAGUAAGCUAGCACCAAUGUCUUAAAUUUGGUGCAAGCUGCAAUAGGUAGCCAGUACAGGUUGGCAAGCAGAAGGGUGACAUGGGAAGAACGAGGGAGGUUGUAAAUCAGGUGAGCUGCAGGGGUCUGGAUUAGCUGCAGGGGUCUGAUGGCAGAAGCUGGAAGGCCAGCAAGGAGAGAAUUGCAGUAGUCCAAGCAGGAGAGAAUCAGUGCUUGGACUAGGAGCUGAGUAGAGUAGGUGAUGAGAAAAGGGUGGAUCCUUUGGAUGUCGUAGAGGAGGAAUCUACACGUCCAGAUCACUACAGCGAUGUUCACUGAGAAGGAGAGUUUGUCAUCUACAUGGCACCCCAAAUCAUCACAGACUGUGGAAACUUCACACUGGACUUCAAACACCUUGGAUUCGGUGCCUCUCCACUCUUCCUCCAGACUCUAGGACCUUGAUUUCCGAAUGAAAUGCAAAAUUCACUUUCAUCUGAAAAGAGGAUUUUGGACCACUGAGCAACAGUCCAGUUCUUUCUUUCCUUAGCCCAGGUAAGAUGCUUCUGAUGUUGUCUCUGGUUCAGGAGUGGCUUGAUAUUAGUAACGUGACAGUUGUAACCCCUUUCCUGAAGACAUCUGUGCGUGGUGGCUCUUGAUGCACUGACACCAGCCUCAGUCCACUCCUUGUGAAGCUCUCCAAAGUUCUUGAAUCUACUUUUCUUGACAAUCCUCUCAAGGCUGCGGUCAUUGCUGUUGCUUGUCCACCUUUUCCAGUCAUCCUUUUCAGCAGUGACCUUCUGUGGCUUACCCUCCUUGUGGAGGGUGUCAAUGAUCAUCUUCUGGGCAACUGUCAAGUCAGCAGUCUUCCCCAUGAUUGUGGUUGUGUGUACUGAACUAGACAACACAGUAUUUCUACUGUUUUACUCAAACUUGAAAUGAAAUAUCCUAAUAUUUUGAGACUUUAUUUUUUGCACUGUAGGUCAUAAUUAUCAAAAUUAAAGUAGGAAAAAGCUUGAAACAUUUUAGUUUACAUGUAAUGAAUCUAGAAUAUAUUACAUUUUCACUUUCGUAAAUAACUGAUGGAAAAUAUUGAGCUUUUUCACGAUAUUCAAAUUGUUUGAGAUGUGCUAGUAUAUUGUCUAUGACUAGUUCUUGGAUGGUAAUCUGUCCUUCCACUAGGAAAUCUUGUUCUGUAGUCCUGGCACUCCAUUGGCACUUACUUUUCCUUCUUGUGACAUUUGAGACCUGAUAGAAUAUAAAGAGAACUGACCAAGUGUGGUAAUUAUUUUUGCAGACACUUAAGUUUUGAAUGAAUGACUUUAUGAAUGUGACAUUGUUUGUUUCUUCUUGGCCAUUGUUUUUACCCCUCAUCCACAUAGAGUCCUGGCCAUGUAAGAAAGAUGUGAGAAGUAAUUAACAGAAUAUUGCUAAUGAAAGUAAUAUAAUGCUGAAGAAAGUGUGUGAAGUUUUAGGCAGAAUUUGAUGAAAACUGACCGAGAGUGGCAUUCAGGUACAAGAUAAUCAACCUGUCUGCUUUCUUUAAUGAUGUAUCAUGAUGCAGAAACUGUUUGUAUGGGUUCAGGCUUUAAUUAAAGUCGUUACAUAUCAGGAGCAUAUUCACAAAAAAGAGGAAAGGCAGAGUUGGCCCCUUUGUUACAAAUGAUGGCCUACUUAACAAAUGAAUAUCAACAGUGAUUGGCUAAUGUAGUAGCAGUAAAAUGACCUCAAUGUAUAAUUUCAUAAAAAUAAAAUGAAGAUUAAAGUGUUGCUGACUUCUUAAGUGGGAACAAUCAUGUGAAAGUUCAUUAAUGACAGGAUGUUUACUUUUGAUGAACCUACAUUUACAUUUAGAAUCCGUUGGAUCAAUUUAUACACUCCUUAUACAACUUCAUAUGAAACUCUACUACAAUAAUUAAUUUUUUUUUAUUGUUACAUGACAUGUUGUGGUUUUCAUGUACGUGUUUACCAUGAAGACCUCUAUAUCAGCGAAUCACUGUUCAUAUUCAAAAAUGAGAAUUGUUAUGGAAUUGUUAAUAGCAAUAUGGAGAGGGCAUUUAUUGUUUGGUGUAAAACAUAAUGAGUUGUGUAAACUUUGAUCACUGGCGGAACUGUAUUACUUACUAGGUGACAUGAUUGAUUUUUAAGCUUGUUCUCAUUAAACAUAUCAAAUGCAUGAAGUUGACUGCAUUGUUAAAUUGCAGAUUCUUUGUGACUUGAUGUAGGCUACAACCAAUCAAAGAGCACUCACAAAUAAAC